CCAUAUGGCGCCCAUAGGAAGUCUCCAGUUCCUCCCGCCCUCGCCGUUUCCCGCCAUCAAACCAGUCUCCGACUGCGCUGCUAUCCUGCGCCAGACCCCCGUUUUCAUACGCACCCCACCGCAGACGAAAACUCCUUCCGUUAUUCGGAAAGCUAUCCAAUCUCAGAAUCACAAAAGUUACGUCUAUCCUGAUCCCAUCCCUGAAUUCGCAGCUGCCGAGACGGAGAAGUUCAAAGCUGAAUUGCUGAAGAAACUGCUGAAGCAAAGAGAAACCUUCGGAAACGAUCUUCGUAUGGUUGUCGAUGUUUGUGCAGAGAUAUUCAGUGAAUUCCUACAUAAAGAUUAUGGAGGACCUGGAACAUUAUUGAUUGAGCCUUUCACAGAUAUGAUGUUGGCAAUCAAAGAUAAAAAACUGGCUGGAGCAGCAUUGGCUGCUCGAGCCUCGAUGCUGUGGGCACAGAGCUAUGUUGAUCGUGAUUGGGAAGAUUGGAACUCCAAACAGCACAAAUGAG